AUGGCGCAUGUGGUGAGCGCCUCGCUAGGCGCGUUGGGUCCCUUGCUGGUGAAGCUUACCGGCCUGCUUGCCGACGAGUAUGGCCGCCUCAAAAGCGUUCGGCGUCAGAUCAUGCCACUUAGAUAUGAGCUAGCCAGUAUGGAAGCUGCGGUCAGGAAGUAUUCUAUGCUAGAAGAUCCAGAUAUCCAGGUCAAGCAAUGGAUCUCCAUGGUGAGAGAGUUGGCAUACGAUAUAGAGGAUUGCAUAGAUAUUUUCAUUUACCGGAUCGGCAAUGGUGGACGUCAGAGCGGCUUCAAGGACUUCUUCUGCAAUACCACUCGCCAACUAAAGGCCCUUGGAGCACGACGUGGAAUCGCCGACCAAAUCGAUGAACUCAAGGCUCGGAUCAGGCAUGUGAAAGAGCUCAAGAACAGUUACAAUCUGGAUGCUACUACUUGUAGCAUGUCUAGCCAUAUAGCCGUUGAUCCACGACUAUGUGCUAUUUUUGCCGAGGAGACAAAUCUUGUGGGCAUUGAUGGUCCAAGAGAUGAUCUUGCCAAAUGGAUAGUGGACGAGAAAGUCAUACAUAGUAGGGUGUUGUCUAUUGUUGGGUUUGGUGGAUUAGGGAAGACAACAUUAGCCAAUGAGCCAAACAUAAGAAAAAUUAUCAACGAUCUAAUCUACAAAUUGCCUCACCCAGACGGGUUCACAAAUAAUAGCGACAUUUGGGAUGAAAUUACAUCUAUUGCAAAGCUUAGAGAGCUACUGCAAGAUAAGAGGUAUCUUAUCAUAAUUGAUGAUUUAUGGUGUACACAAGCAUGGAGCACUAUCAAGUGUGCUUUACCAGAGAAUAAUUGUUCUAGUAGAAUAAUAGCUACUACACGCAUUAGAGAUGUAGCAAGGUCAUGUUGUCCAAGCUAUUAUGACUGUGUGUAUGACAUGGAAGCCCUAAGUGAUCUGCACUCCGAAAUAUUGUUCCACAAAAGAACUUUUGGCUCUGAGAACUGUUGCCCAAACACGUUGAAGGAAGUUUCAGAUAAAAUCCUCAAAAAAUGUGGAGGCUUACCAUUGGCAAUUAUAACUAUCUCUAGUUUACUAGCAAACAAACCAGUUGUCAAGGUAGAGUGGGAGAAGGUUAAUAAGUCAAUCGGUUCUACUUUGGAAAAUAACAAGAGCCAAGAGGGAAUGAAUAGCAUAUUAUGCCUUAGUUAUAAUGAUCUUUCACCUAAUCUCAAGACAUGUUUGUUGUAUUUAAGUGUUUUCCCCGAGGAUUAUACUAUUGAUAGGGACAAGCUAGUGAGGCGAUGGAUAGCAGAAGGCUUUAUCUCUGAAGAGUGUGGACAAUGUCAGCAAGAGGUCGCUGAGAACUACUUCUAUGAGCUCAUCAAUAAAAGCUUGGUUCAACCAGUCCUUGUUGAAUUUGAAGCUUUGCGUGUACUAGAUUUUGAGGAUUGUGAGGGUUUGGACGAGUACGAUAUGCACAAUAUGGACAAAUUGUUCAACCUAAAAUACCUCAGCUAUAGGUGCACGGGCAUAUCAAAGCUACCAUCAGGGAUUGUAAUGUUAGGUGAGCUAGAGACCCUAGAUCUUAGGGAUACAUGUGUGCAAGAGUUGUCAUCUGGAAUAGUUCAGCUCAUUAAACUACAACACCUACUUGUUGCAGUGGGAACUAAGAUACCAAAUGGAAUUGGAGUAAUGAGGAACUUGAGAGUCAUUUUGGGCUUUAAUAUUACCCGUAGCCCAGUAGCUGCAGUGGAGGAUCUCGGGGACCUAACAAGGUUGUCUGAACUUGACAUAUAUUUAGAUGGUGGAGGACCCGAGGAGUACAAAAGACUUGAACAAAUGUUACUUUCCUCACUAUGCAAGCUUAGCGACGGUAAACUCAUGUCUUUACGGAUAACUAGGUAUGGUGGUUCCCUUGAAUUCUUGGAUUCUUGGUCUCCAUUGCCGUUUUCCCUUCAAAUAUUUUAUAUGUCCAGCGAUUGCUAUUUCGUGAAUGUUCCAAAAUGGAUUGCACCAACACUCAACAGCCUUACUUACCUGGACAUUAAUUUAACCGAAUUAACGGAGAAGGGUCUACUCGCUGUUGGGGAGCUCCCAACCUUACUUUGCCUAGAACUGUGGUUGAAGACAGGACCAAAAGAUAGGCUAAUUAUAGUCAAAGACAUGGGAUUCCCAAGUCUGAGGGAGUUCAGCAUCAGCGGGGAAGCCGAGGCAUACGUAACGUUCAUGAAAGGCGCUAUGCCCAGGCUUGAGAAGCUUGGUAUUCCAUGCCUUGUGUCAGUGGCAACUACCUAUGACUUCUACAUAGGCAUUGAGCAUCUCACUUGUCUGAAACAAGUAAUAGUGGUGCUUGGCACAGAUGGUUGCGCACCUUCCGAGAGCAAGGCUGCAGCUGCUGCGAUCAGGAACGAAGCAGUAGUCAACCUCAACCAUCCUACAAUUACUAUUUUUGGGGAACCAAGAGACUCAAAGUGA